GAGCUCAUGCUGCCUCCCGGAUCCAUGGGCUUGCCGUACGUCGGCGAGACCCUCCUGCUCUACCACCAGAACCCCAGCGUCUUCUUCGCAUCCAAGCAGAUGAGGUACGGUGAUAUCUUCAAGACGCACCUGCUGGGGUGCCCGUGCGUGAUGCUUGCGAGCCCGGAGGCGGCGCGGUUCGUGCUGGUGACGCACCAGCAGCUGUUCAAGCCGACGUACCCGCCGAGCAAGGAGCGCAUGAUCGGCCCGUCGGCGCUCUUCUUCCACCAGGGCGAGUACCACCUCCGGCUGCGGCGGCUCGUGCAGGGCUCGCUCGGCCCGGACGCCCUGCGUGCUCUCUUGCCGGACGUCGAGUCCGCCGUCGCCUCCACGCUCGCCGCCUGGGACGGGCACGUCGCCAGCACCUUCCAUGCCAUGAAGAGGCUGUCGUUUGAGGUCGGCAUCACCACCAUCUUCGGUAGCCUGCUGGACGGCCGGCACAAGGAGGAGCUGCGGAGGAACUACGCCGUCGUGGAGAAGGGCUACAACUGCUUCCCGAACCGCAUCCCAGGAACCCUCUACUACAGGGCCGUUCAGGCGAGGAAGCGGCUGCGUGAGAUCCUGGGCGAGAUCAUGGCGGACCGGCGCGCGCGGGGCGACGAGCAGGGCAGCGGCGGCGACAUCCUCGGCGGGCUCAUGCGGGCGGCGGCGCUGACCGACGACCAGGUCGCCGACAACGUGAUCGGCGUGCUGUUCGCGGCGCAGGACACGACGGCCAGCGUGCUCACCUGGAUCCUCAAGUACCUGCGCGACCACCCGAAGCUCCUGGACGCCGUCAAGGCUGAGCAAAUGGCGACGUACGAGGCGAACGAGGGCGGGAAGCGGCCGCUGACGUGGGCGCAGACGAGGGGCAUGACGCUGACGCAUGCGGUCAUAAUGGAGAGCCUGAGGAUGGCGAGCAUCAUCUCCUUCACCUUCAGGGAGGCCGUGGCCGACGUGGAGUACAAAGGUUUCCUGAUUCCCAAGGGGUGGAAGGUGAUGCCGCUGUUCAGGAACAUCCAUCACAGCCCGGAGUACUUCCAGGACCCAGACAAGUUCGACCCUUCUAGAUUCAAGAAAGCACUGUCAGACAACCAAGUCACCAAGGAGAGCAAUAUAAUAACUUGAGCUAGCUACCGGCGG